AUAUAGGGCAAAGCUGAGUAAAUAAUCAGUGAAACAUGAAGCUUGUUACCGACGCCAGCUGUGAAGCAUUGGAACCGGUUCGCAUUGCCAUCCGCGAGCGACCGAGUGAUUGCGAAGAGGACGAAAGCACAAUACAACGUCAUUCGGCAAAUGACCAGAUUUUGAUAGUGGAUGAAAGGCCAUUUGUGUUCGAUUAUGUUUUCCGGCCGGAAGCCUCACAGGCGCUUGUCUACGAUGCUUUGAUUCGGCCGCUGGUGGUUAAAAUGAUAAACGGAUUUUACUGCACAGCCUUAGCCUAUGGGCAGACCGGGACGGGUAAAACUUUCACGAUGGGAUUGCAGUGGGACCAUAGCGGCCCUCAUGACAUUAAUCGAGGAAUGAUAACGCGAGCCCUGGAUCAGACCUUUGAUUUACUCAAAGAGUCGAGAAACAAAGAGGACUAUGAGAUUGAGGUGUCAUUUGUGGAGAUUUAUAACGAGAAGAUAUAUGAUUUGCUGUCGGAAAGCUCUUCGGAGCCGGUGAAUACGCGCGGGUGUAAGUUUAAUGGUGGUACGAAGCGUGAGGUUACCAGGGCGAGCGAAGCGCAGGAUAUUUUGAUGGAAGGAAACAAGAACCGGCACGUACGGCCGACCAAGAUGAAUACGCUCAGUUCCAGAUCGCACGCUAUUUUCAGCAUCCAUGCUUCGGUCGUGCAUGACGAUGCCCGAAUUGUUUCUGCACUGCAUCUGGUUGAUUUGGCAGGUUCCGAAGGAGUUCGGCGCACCGGCCACCAGGGGGUGGCAUUGGCCGAAGGUGUCCACAUUAAUCAGGGCUUGUUGAGCAUUGGAAAGGUACUGCAGGCAUUGUCCAUCGGCAGUAAAGUGAUCCCGUAUCGUGACAGCAUCCUCAGCACGGUACUGCAGGAUUCGCUCAAUUCCAACUCGUAUCUGACUUUGUUGGCCUGUGUUAGCCCGCUUCCGGAGGAUCUCAGUGAGACGCUGUCGACGAUUCGGUUUGCGCAAGGGGCAAAAACGCUGAAGAAUAAUCCGCAAAUCAACGCCAUUACGGCCGAACUGAAGGCUAAGGAACGCACUCGCACACCGGGUAAAAGCUACGUUCCGGGGGCACUGAAAUCGAAGAACCUCAAUCCAAAAACACCAAAAUCGGCGGUCAAGCGACCUCCCGGUGGGGGCGGCUCAUCGGUGAAGAAGGUGCAUAGCAACACCUUCUGUACGCCCAGUAAAAUUCGUAAAUUGGACUAUGGAAAGCUGAAUUCAACUGUUGCACCGGCUCCGGUUAUUAAAGCGCCAGAACCGAUACUGGUGGCUCCACCUACGAAAGCGGCUUUGCAGGCAAAGAAUGCGAUGAUGCCCCCACCGCCUCCACUUUUCCCCCGGUUUAGUGACGUAACAGAGAAGGAUUUCGAGUCCAUUCCGGCCGAUUCGCGGUCGUCGAUUUUCAGUUUAAAUUUAUCCAGCUCGACUUCGGUAGAUCAACCGGUGGCGUCGUCAAGUGCGGUGUCACAAAGCAGCAGCUACAGCCCCAUCGUGAAGAAGUGUAUGGAGACUUUUGAAGCCACCAUCGAGCAAAAAUUAGCACAAAUGUUUGCCAAGAUUCAACAUAUACAGUCAGUUCCGACUGCUGCUGUGGCAGCAGAGGCUCCUACUUCUUUGCAAGCCCGCCCAGAAGGACCCACUACUGUAAACCCACCAAUCGUUAUUGACUGCAGCAGCACUCAACAACCGGACAGUAGCAGCAGCAAUGUUGCCGAAACAUCGGAGAAUGUAGUUCCUACCCCAGCUGGUGCAAUUCCGUGGGACAUGAUACGCCGAGAAAUUCAGGAAGCAAUCCGUUCGGAAAUCAGCACUAUUAACGAUUCUCACGUACUAAAGUACGAAAGCACUCCCUGUCACCUGCGGCAGAACGAAUCCCGUGCCGCUCCUCCAACUACAGCGAUUCGAUUGAAUCCGGCACUGCAACGCUUGAAGGAUCAGGCUAAGCAGCAGUCGUCAGCUGACGAUUCGGCUGGGGAGGGCGGAUUGAACAGUACCGUUGUGGCUAACAACAAAACACCCCGCCACUGGGAGGUGAUCAAUGUCGAUAGCGAUGAAGAAAACGCCAUUGAAAACAACGGUGAGGCUGACGAGGACGGCGUUAUUGUUAGAAGAAGGCGCUCGAAGCGUCUUUCCGACCCACGGAUGCCAUUCGGAGCGAUUUGUGCCAACGUGGAUCAACAAAGCUUUGCGGCACCGUCCGCCACCGUGACAGCAAUUCCUGACGAGAGCUAUUUGUGGCAAAUUCAAGAUGGAAUGGUACGUCGUCGUAGUACUCGGAUUUCCAUGCGAAAAAAUUCCACUUCUCAUCAACACCGGAAGGGGUGCUGCCAGUCGGCAAAGAAGAGAAAACCACAUUUUGAGCCUCUGUUCGAGGAUGAAAAAGAAAAUUUGGAGCACACUGCUGUCGUUCCCAGGAAGAAGCCAGCUCCGUUGACGAUCAGCAAUAAAGUGAUUGCCGGUUACUUUCACCAGACGCCUGCUGUCGGAGGUAAAAAGGAACCCAAAAUGACGGCUUUGAAACAUGGCAAAGCCGUGCUGGAUCUCGUCAACCGUGGCAGCAUAAAAGAAGUACAGAUUUUACCUACCGUGGGCUUGAAGACGGCCUACCAAAUUGUUACUCAUCGUACUAUCAACGGUAAAUUCAAGAAAGUCGAUGAUUUAUCUAAACUCUUUGUCGGUGGAAAAAAGUGGGCUAAAUUUCUUGAGGCGAAUUACCUUUCCUGAAGUUCCGGUUGAAGCUGUAAUGUGUACUGCGGUCGUUCUUUUAUAUUGUAAGAUAGAUAUAUUUUUUUAUUUUUUGACGCUUUUAUAUUUGCUGCAACAUUUGUCGACAUUUUCUAGCAAUCAGACUUCAUUACCGAAAACCAUGAUUUUCAUUCUAUUUCUAAUCGUAGUUGUAUGUAACAAAAGGAAGUGCCCCUGGGGUUCUACUUCGAUAAAACUUUUAUAUAAAAUAGUACCUACAGUGAAACUCGAAAUGAUCCGCUGAAUGGAUUGGUUUGAUCUCCGAUGUAUCAGAGUGAACA